AACGAGAGAAAACACAAAGACAAAAAAAAAAAAAAAUUGCAAGCACACUCAACACACACAAAAACACCGAUUUGGGGUUUCUAGUUUCAACUUUCUACUCACAAAUUUUUUUUAAUUCUUUCUUUUUCUUUAACACCCCCGAGAUUUCAAACCCUCUCAAACUGAAGCAAAAAGGUUUUAUAAGAAAAAGGGUAAAAAAACAAAAUUAAUUUUCCAAUUUAAAUUCCGUUUCGACUUUGAUCAUCUUCGUUUUUCGCUCUCGCCUUUUCUCCAAUGGCGUCGUCCGAAGGUUUCACUGACAAGAACACGGUGUUCAGAAAGCUCAAGGCCAAGUCUGAAAACAAGAUGUGUUUCGAUUGCAAUGCGAAGAAUCCAACAUGGGCGUCGGUUACGUAUGGCGUCUUCAUAUGCAUCGAUUGCUCCGCUGUUCAUCGCAGCCUCGGAGUGCAUAUCAGCUUCGUGAGAUCUACAAAUUUAGAUUCAUGGAGUCCUGAGCAACUAAAAAUGAUGAGCUUUGGAGGAAACAAUCGUGCACAGGUUUUCUUUAAACAGCAUGGCUGGAAUGAGGAUGGCAAAAUAGAAGCGAAAUAUACAUCCAGAGCUGCAGAUAUGUAUAGGAAACUUCUUUCAAAGGAAGUAGCUAAAAGUAUGGCUGAGGAGGGAGUUGCGUCAUUAUCACCUGUUGCUUCUCAGUCUUCUCAAGGGGCUAAUGGACUUAGCGAAGUCCAGACCAGUGGAGCACCAAAAGAAAACACAUCAGAUAAACCAGAAAAGCCUGAGAGCACUUCUUCACCCCGUGCUUCACAUACACAUACAGUAGUGUCAAGUGUGGUCAAGAAGCCCAUUGGUGCCAAAAAAACUGGGAAAGCUGGAGGACUUGGUGCUCGUAAGCUCACUAAAAAGCCAAGUGAGUCUCUCUAUGAACAGAAGCCGGAAGAACCACCUGCUCCAGUUCCAUUGGCAACAAACAAUAAUGUGCUCGCUCCAUCUAUAACUUCCCGAUUUGAGUAUGUUGAAAAUGUCCAAUCGUCUGAGGUAAACUCUGGAGGUUCUCAGAUAAUUGGUCAUGUUGCUCCGCCAAAGUCAUCAAGCUUUUUUUCUGACUUCGGAAUGGAUAGUGGCUUUUCAAAGAAAUCUGGCCCUAGCUCCUCAAAAGUGCAAAUUGAGGAAACAGAUGAAGCCAGAAAGAAGUUCUCGAAUGCAAAAUCCAUUUCCUCAUCCCAGUUUUUUGGAGAUCAGAACAGUGCUGCUGAUGUGGAUGCUAAGGUUACUUUGUCAAAGUUUUCGGGUUCAAGUGCCAUCUCGAGUGCUGAUCUUUUUGGUGAGUCGAGAGCCAAUUCUGGAGCUGAUGUUUCUGCUAGCGACCUCAUCAAUCGAUUAUCUUUCCAGGCGCAGCAAGAUAUCUCAUCGCUUAAAAACAUUGCCGGAGAGACCGGGAAGAAGCUCACCUCACUGGCAUCCAAUUUGAUGUCAGAUCUUCAAGAUCGAAUCCUUUAAAUAUGUUUUGUAUCCAAGACAAUCCUUGGAGUUUGAAUACCAGUCAGUAUGCGUUGGAGGUAAUAGAAUAGUUGAAAAUACAAUUCUUUGAGAAACCAAAGAAAAAGAAAAAGAAACCAUAUAUAUUCUCAGGUUUGUAAGAGGCUGGUGUUUUUAUAUUGUGUCAAAGGUAUUGUUUUGAGGUUGCUAAUACGCUUUAGAUUUUCUUCA